GCCACGCGACGCGUAUACGUAUGCAUGCUUUCGUGCUCGCACCACAUAACAAGGUAAAUAUACCUACAUAUCUAUACGGCGUACAUGCACGACGAAGACAAAUGUAAUUAUAUAUAGCGCGCACUGUAUUUCUACCAGCCAAUGUCGCCACAAACAACACGGAAGAAGCGUAAAGGCGUCGUCCAUUGUAUUGUGACAGAAAACAUCGUGCAGACGCAAGCUUGAGUGUCACUGCAAGUGCUGCAACAAACGAAAAAAGAAAUUCUACGUCGUAUAUGAACAUUUGAAUUGCAUAAUCAAGGGCAAGGGAAUCGUUUGAAUUGGAAGAAACCCGGAGAUCAGUGAGACGGUGUGCAAGCGUGUCAAUUCGAGGUGGUGAACGCCGGCGCCGCUUUCUUUCCUUUUCUCUCACCACGUUUGCCUCGCCGCGCCUGCGCCGGUACGCGCCUGGCGCGUGAGCGUUCCUGCUGUGGAUCAGCCCUGACCAUUUACGAAGAGAUGAUCUGGUCGUCCGGAACGUUCUGCGACACCCCGUUUUGGAACUCCGACCUAACCUGGACUACCGAUAUACCAGAAUUCACUCCAUGUUUCGAGAACACGGUACUGCUAUGGAUUCCUACCGGAAUACUGUGGAUAAUUUCGCCUCUUGCACUGUACACGCGCCGCACUCACACCCGCAAAUCUGUCCCAAUUACCAUUCAGGCUGUCUCAAAGUACGCAAUCAACUUAAUCCUUUUUGCGGUCAGUGUCACAUUCUGCGCGAUAGAACAUCGUGAUAAUUCAUCUGCCGCAGCGGUCACAGCGCACAUGCUGAAGGCUUUGUCCUUUCUACUUGUGCACGGGAUUCAGAUCAUGGACAGGAGACACGGUGUAACUUCUUCAGCUCUCGUGUUUACUUUCUGGUCUGUGCUCUCUAUAAGCACCCUCCCCACUUUCUACAGAGUCCUUGUAAACACGUUUGUACACACCGAGCAUCAAACGCCGACAACGACAGAGUUUGCAGCCAUUGUGGUUCUGUACCCUCUUACUGUCAGCCAGGUUGUUCUGUUUUCGUUGAAGGAGGACACCAAAGAAAGUCGAGCAAGAGCCCCUGUGGAAACAGCGACACCGAUGUCGUACUUGACGUUUGAGUGGUUCACUGCUCUCAUUGUGACCGGCUACAAGAAAGCGUUGACGGUCGGGGACCUCUUCUGCAUUCCCAUUUGCGUCAAAACUAGCGUCAACUUCGAAAAAUGGAAAAUUGUAGCGCAGGACAAGGACGGACGCUUGUUCCAGGACAUUGGAAAGCCAAGGAUGUUUCUCGUAAAGACGCUGCUUCGUUUGUUCUGGGGUGAAAUUCUCCUGGGCUGUGUGAUUGAUGUCGGCUACGCCGUAGCAAAGGUAACAACUUCCCUCGUUUUGCACCUCAUCAUCCAGCACCUCCAGAACCACGACGACGAGUCAUGGAAGGGCUACAUGUACGCUAUCUUAAUUUUGCUUUUGAAUUUGACGUCUGCCAUGUGCGUUCGGCACGGUGACCACAUCUUCCACCGUCUGGGACUUCGCGUGAAAGGGGUAUUACUAACUGCCGUCUACACGAAAGCGCUUCGGAUAUCUUCCGCUACUACGAGCCAGUAUACCGUUGGCCAACUUGUAAAUAUCAUUUCCGUCGAUGCUGAGAAGGUGAAUAAGUUAUGUACCGUAAUCAGCAUGGGUCUGACAUCUCCCGUCACCAUAAUAUACGCAACCUAUCUGCUCUGGCUGUUCCUCGGGCCUUCGUGCCUCGCAGGUAUUGCGGCGAUUGCCUUGAUGACUCCCAUGACAGGCGCCAUUGCUGAACGCUGUCGGAAACUCCAAGCGCAACAAAUGAAGCUCAAAGAUUCUCGCCUUCAGCAGGUUGGCGAGAUUUUGACCAACAUGAAGAUCAUCAAGCUUUACGGAUGGGAGCUGCCAUUUAUCGACAAGGUGAGAAAAGUGCGUUUGUCCGAAGUGCGGAUACUCAGGUCGCUCGCCUACUGGGCAGCAGUCAGUCGGGUCUUUUGGAUGUCGACGUCUUUCUGGGUGUCGCUAUUCGCCUUUACGACCUACAUCUACAGCACGGACGUUACGUUUCUCAGCGUCAGCACCGCGUUUGUUUCCAUGACGAUUUUCAACGGAAUGAGAUACGCUCUGAACAUAAUCCCGGAUGUGGUGUCCAGCGUAAUACAGGCAGCAGUAUCUCUUCGAAGAAUUACGGAAUUUCUGCAGAGCGAAGAACUGGAUGCCGACGCCGUACGCCACGACGUCGGGGACAACGACGCCGUUACCUUCAAUGGCGCCACGCUCUCCUGGUCUGGCAGUGCGAGCAAGACACUGACCGAUAUUGCGCUUACCGUGAAACGCGGGCAGCUUGUGGCAAUCGUUGGACAGGUAGGAAGCGGGAAAUCGUCGAUUCUGUCGUCCGUCCUUGGAGACCUGGUGCUUCAAGAGGGCGCCGUUGGUGUCAACGGCAGCAUAGCGCACGUGCCACAAACGGCGUGGAUCCUGAAUUCCUCGGUGCGACAGAACAUACUCUUCACAAAGCGGUUAAGGGACGACUUUUACAACGUGGUACUAGAUGCCUGUUGCCUAAGGCAAGAUCUUGACAUGCUGCCUCACGGCGAUAUGACAGAAAUAGGAGACAGAGGGGUUAACCUAAGUGGUGGACAAAAGCAACGGGUCAGUAUUGCGCGAGCUGUUCUUCAAAAUCAGGAUAUUUACCUUCUGGACGACCCUCUAAGCGCUCUCGACAGCCAUAUUGGAUCAUCAGUCUUCGAGAACGUCAUCGGACCGAAGGGCUUGCUCAGAGAAAAGACACGCAUCAUCGUCACCAACAAUCUCUCCGUUUUGCCCGAAACAGAUUUCAUAGUUUACAUGCAAGGCGGUUGUAUUGUGGAGCGUGGGACUUACGGCGAGCUUACCAGUUCCGGUAAACAUCUGUCGAUGUUCCUGAAGGAACACGUACGACAAGCAAACUGCAAGGACACUCAAGUAAGCGCUGAAGAAACGAGAGAGGCAUCAGCCCCUGAAGGGCUGCAGGAACUGACAAAGCCGAAAACGGCAAGCAUUGCAAGCCUAGAUGCCGAACUUUACAGGGAAGCUGUAGAAACGGGAUCUGUAAAGAUGUCGAUAUACGUGACGCACUUAAUAGAUGUUGGCCUUCCAAUUGUUCUGUUAAUCUUUUUUGGGUAUGCUUCUGCCCGUGCCUUCGACAUAGGCAUUAAUUUGUGGAUAUCGGAAUGGGAUCACGACGCUGAUAUAGAAAAACACCAGAGGAGACCAGGUCAGCGCCUCGGAAUAUACGCGGUUCUUGGAAUAUGUCAGUGUAUUUGCACGUUUGGCGCCACUGCGGCGCUUGCCACAGGGACCAUCAGAGCUGCUCAAAGAUUGCACGACCGAAUGCUAAUAGCUGUGAUGCGAUCCCCGAUGUCAUUCUUCGAUGUCACGCCCGUAGGGCGAAUCUUGAACCGUUUCGGAAGCGACGUUGAUCAACUCGAUAUUCAACUUCCACUAACGGUGAACAUGUUUCUUGAAUACAUCUUUCACAUUCUUGGAGUCUUCAUUCUGAUAGCUUGUGAAAUGCCUUUCUUCCUUGCUGGCAUUUUACCUCUCCUGAUAUUGCACUGCCUGAUUCAGAGCAUCUGUCUCCGUUCCUUACGGCAGAUAAAACGCUUGGAGUCUGUGACACGGUCACCAGUGAAUAACCACUUCGGAGAAACACUCGCAGGUCUUAGCAGCAUUCGAGGGUACUCGGUUCAGAAGGAAUUUACGGAGAGGUUCACCUCUAAAGUGGAUGUUUCUCUGAACUGCUCGUACCUCCUUGUAGUUGGCCAACAGUGGUUGUCGGCAAGACUGGACGCUAUCGCGAACAUCGCGGUAUUACUCGUUACUAUAAUGGUCCUCAGACAACGGCAUGCCAUCGAUGACGGUCUGGGAAGUAUGCUCAUAUCAUAUGCUAUGGGAACUACCGGUGCUUUCACCUACGUGGUUUACUAUGCUGCUCAAAUGGAAGCAGCUGUUGUGGCGUCAGAGAGGCUCGCAGAAUAUUCCAAUGUGAGCCCAGAAGCAGAUUGGAAAGUUGAGCCAGGACCGAAGCCGGACUGGCCCGAACAAGGAGCCGUACAGUACAUCGAUUACUGUGCCAAAUACAGAGAGGAGCUGGACCUAGUCUUGCGUGAAGUAAACCUGGCAGUUAAGCCAGGCGAACGAGUUGGUGUCGUAGGGAGAACUGGAGCUGGAAAGUCGUCCUUGACGCUUUCUCUCUUCAGGAUCAUCGAAGCAGCUGGAGGAAAAAUAACCAUAGACGAUGUAGACAUAUCGUCCAUCGGACUGCACGACCUGCGUUCUCUCAUCGGUAUUAUUCCCCAAGAUCCAGUACUCUUCAGCGGCACUCUGCGGUUCAAUCUUGACCCCCACGACGAAUACGAGGACGCGCAGCUUUGGACAGCUCUGGAAUGCGCCCACUUGAAGCACCAUUUCCCGGACGGCCUGGAGACACAGAUCAGCGAGGGAGGCCAGAACAUCAGCCUCGGACAGCGACAGUUGGCGUGUCUUGCGCGUGUAGUGCUCAGGAAGUCCAGGAUACUUGUCCUGGACGAAGCGACUGCCGCUGUGGAUCUGGAGACUGACCGUCUGAUUCAGGAAACAAUAUUGGAGGGAUUUGCGGAUUGUACUUUGAUAACGAUAGCUCACCGUCUGCAUACCAUAAUGAACUAUGAUAGGAUUGUGGUGAUGGGAAAGGGUAAGAUCAUCGAGGAGGGCUCACCGGCGGAGUUGCUGCGUGACCCGGCCUCUGAGUUUGCAUCGUUGGCCAGAGAAGCAAGCAUCAUAGCAUAAACAUUUCUGUUAUUAAAUAACAACUAUAUAUUGCAUCACACGGUACAUAUAUUAAAUAAUAUUUGCGAGUGUGAUUUGUACGCGAAGUUCUGAUUAUGACGGCGUUUCAGCGAACUGCGAGUGUUGGUAGUUGAGAACAGAAACACGUGAAGAUGAACCAAAUAUAGGGCUACAUCAAAAUAAAGUGCUGUCCUAGGCUGA